GAGAGUUUGGCUGAAGUAACUGGAAAUGUUGCUUAUAAAUAUAAAUUCUUAUUCAACGCGUAUAGACAGGCUGUGAGUUAUCAAAGCUUUUAGAGGAAUAUGAAGUGCUGAAUGAAAUGCACAGAAAGACAGCGGCACAGAAAGACAUUGUUAGUAAACGCGCGUCAAAAACGGAUGAAAGGAAGCUAUAAUGGGUGACAGGACUCUACCUGAAUGGAUGAACAAACCUCAGGAAGAACAUACACCAGGACCCUAUAAAAAGAGCAUUCUGGAGGAUGAUCUUCCUUAUCUGGAGUUUGGAGGAACAGUCAUAUACAGCCAGGAAAGACAUGACUGCUCAUUUUUAUCAGAAGAUUUAAGAUCUGGUUUGGCAUCAGACUCAGCGGUGGGAUUUGAUCUGGAGUGGCCGCCCAGCUUCACCAAAGGGAAGACAAAGAAAGUGGCUGUAGUGCAGCUGUGUGCAUCAGAGGAGAAAUGCUAUCUGUUUCACAUCUCCUCCAUGUCAGGGUUUCCUCCUGGCCUGAAGGUGUUUUUGGAGGAUGAAAAUAUCAUGAAAGUUGGAGUGGGAAUUGAGGGUGACAAGUGGAAGUUACUAUCUGAUUAUGACAUCAAAUUGAACAAUAUUGUUGAGCUGUCUAAUCUGGCAAACAAGACGCUGAGAUGUUGUGAGAAGUGGAGUUUGGACGGUCUAGUAAAGCACUUGUUGAAAAAGCAGCUCUUCAAAGACAAACUUGUGCGCUGUAGUCACUGGGACAACUUUGGUCUGACAGAAGACCAGAAGAGAUAUGCUGCCACAGAGUCAAAAUAA